UAACAAUUUCAUUUCAUAAUUAAAUGAAAUUUUGUAAUAUUUUUGAGAGUACGAAAGAUCUUUCCCCAAAUUUCUGUAGAGUGACUUUGUAAUGCCUCUGUCCAGUCGUAUCCACACUCAUGUCGCACUCGACCAUCAAGAAGCCUGUCAACAUUCGUGGGCCCGUUUCCCCUAUCGCUGAAAAUUGAAUGAGUGCCGCCGUGUAAUAAUUCAAUUGCCGCUAAUUGAGACGGGCCCGAAAAGUUCUCGGAUUUUCACUUGGAGCCCGAAAAGCAGAAUAUCAUGUUCUCGAGCGAUGUUGGUGCCUGCUGUUGAUGCGACGGCAAUUUGCCAAAUGUGUCGCAUCAAGUUUCAUUACGGCAGGAAUUCGAAUCUUUAGCUGUUGUUGCCUGGGCAGGCACAAAAGAUACAUAACGACUGUGGAGAGAUAUGCGGCGUACUUGGGGCUCGUCACGUUGACGAUGACGACGGCGAUCGCUCAUGAACCCUCCGAUGACCCAUUUCGAAGGCAGUGCAUUUGCAUCUACACCUUGACGCCGAGAGGCCAUUGGAAUCUAUCAAAUUGAUGGAAAAAAAAUUUAGCACUAACUCAGAAGCCUUAGCAAACGAGUUCAAAAAAUUUUAUUUAUCAACAAUCAAUUAGCAUUUGUUUGAUAUGGCGUUUGUGGACCUUUCAGCUGUGGACCGGUGUUCAUUGAUUUCACAUAAAUCGUUUCGACUUGCCAAUGAGACAUGUGAUCUUGCGAGGAGUACGUUUAGUUGUGGAUCGUUUGUGCACUUUAUAAACUAUUUGGAGAUUUUCUUCUGCAUAUUCAAAAUGAAUUCGAUGUUAGUUUAUGGCUUCAUAAGUGCGUUCUUAUUGAUGGCACACUUUAGUCUGCUCUUCAUGGUGACAAAAUAUUUCUUCGUGCCCAAUUUAGUGACGCUCAUUGAAUUUGCACCCAUGACAAUGUUUGGAUUCAGUUACAUGUUCUUCGGUCCCAUUUUCUUUGUAUCCCACUUCAACAGUGUCAGCGCGGUGUGUUAUUCGCAGAAAGACAAAAUGAGUCCUCUGCAGUUUUCAAACAUCGUGGGAGACAUCAUGAAGUACUUUGUAAUGGGAGUUAUGGUCAUCUGUAUGCAAGGAUAUCGAGUUGAAGGAGUCACCCUCUGGUCGAGCAUGAUAUUCAUUUUGGUGGGAAUGUGCUAUUUGGUUGUCGUUACCAAGAAAUCAUACCAUCUUGAUCACAUGGAUACGGACAUGAAUUUGAUCACCUUCCGGGUGACGGUGUUCAUCUUUACUUUUGUGAUGGUUUUAUUGGUGGUCCUGGUCGUGUCGCACACAACAUUUCAACGAACUGCCACCAAGCAGAACCCAAGUUUAGACCACUUUUCGGAUAUGGAUAGCGGCGAUGAAAUCUUGGGCAAAUACCGGAAGCAAAGAGUGUUUUCAAGACGUGAGCUCUGGUUAAAGACGGUGAACGGAUAUAAGAACAUGGGCGAUUCGCAUGUGAUGUAUAGAAUUUUAAUGAUGCCUAUAUAUUUUGUAAUAUCUCAUUUUAUACCGGUUAUAUCAAAAGACCGAUACUUGAUGGGCUGGACUAAAUAUAUAAACUGCCUCUGUCUAUUAGUGCUGCCCUUCAUUUGCCUUCCCCAUGGCGUUAAAGCUGUAGGCUGGGUCAUGAUGCUCCUGGUUUGCUGGACUCUCAGCAUCCUGACCUUCAUCUCCACACACUCUAUGAGACGACCAGAUAAUGUUUGGCUAUUUGCAUUUCUGGGCUUGAUCAUCAGCUCAAUUGCCAUGAACUUUCUCAGUCGAGAGAUAGAGAACCUCACAUGGCAGUAUAUUAGCACUAAGUUUGAUCUAAUGCCCGAUAUCACGGCCCUGAUGUACUUUGGAUUGGGUGAGAUGUUCAGUGAGGCUAUAGUCGUCUGGUGUCUGCAGCUGAGAAAGAUGUGGGAUGCCACCUUCGGAGUCGUGAUGAGCAUGGUCACCCAUGCGGUCUUUUUGGCAUUUCCAACGCUCUACUACCAGGAGUGCUACAACCCCAGUUGCUGGGUAAUUACUACCGCUUCAACGGAGACUGGCAUUUACUUCAUUUUUCUCAUCGUCGCCUCCAGUCUGCUUCACAUCUCAAUGAGUGGCUAUGAGUUUCGCAUAUCCCUGUUCUUUUACCUCUUGAUACUGACGGUAAUUUACGUGACCCUCCAAUGGAGUAUUCACUACGGAUGGAUGCUUUCUCUCGCCACUCUUCAUCAUAUAAAAAAGUGAUGCUUAAUUAAGUAUGUUUUUA